AUGCUUUCUGCCAUUCAAGAGCAAUUGGGUAUUUUGGUAGAGAAAUAUCCUUGUCUGAACAACUACCAGCCUUCUUUGGAACGCCCGUUUUUCAACGUUUCGUUGUGGAAUAAUUUUGACCGCAUCGCUACCCAGCUAACCUGUGGCCAUUUCGUCCCAAGCAAGUUUGAGUUUGUUCCUGGUGCCCUCCCUCUCAGCGAACUCCCACAAGUGGUGGCUGCUAUUGUUACCUACUAUGUGGUAAUUUUUGGCGGUCGUCAGGUUCUGAAAAACUCAGAACCCUUCCAACUUAACUUAUGGUUCCAGCUUCACAACUUGUUUCUGACAACGCUGUCCUUGACUAUUUUGCUGUUGAUGGUCGAACAACUUAUCCCCAUGAUUGCAAAGAAUGGUCUUUACUUCGCUAUCUGCAACAUAGGUGCUUGGACUCAGCCAAUGGUAACCUUAUAUUACAUGAACUACAUCACCAAGUAUAUCGAGUUUAUCGACACGGUUUUCUUGGUUUUGAAGCAUAAAAACCUGAGGUUUUUGCAUACCUACCAUCAUGGUGCGACUGCAUUGUUAUGCUAUACCCAGCUGGUAGGCACCACUGCCAUUUCUUGGGUGGUUAUUACGCUAAACCUUGCAGUUCAUGUUGUUAUGUACUGGUACUAUUUCCUAGCUGCGAGAGGAAUCAGAGUUUGGUGGAAGGAGUGGGUGACUAGGUUUCAAAUCAUUCAAUUUGUCUUGGAUAUUGGCUUCAUUUAUUUUGCCGUUUAUCAAAAGGUAGCCCACCUUUACCUUCCAGAACUACCUCACUGUGGUGACUGCGUUGGAUCUACAACCGCUACAUUUUCUGGUUGUGCCAUUAUUUCGUCCUAUUUGUUCUUAUUUGUGGCCUUCUAUAUUGAAGUCUACAGACGUAGAGGAACCAAGAAGUCAAGAAUUGUGAAGCGUGUUCGCGGUGGUGUUGCUGCAAAGGUAAACGAGUAUGUCAACGUUGACGUAAAACGCACUUCAACCCCCUCUCCAUCUCCUGCCCGAAAGUGA